AUGAAUUUUCAACAGAGGCUGCAAAGCCUGUGGAGUUUAGCCAGCAGACCCUCCUGCCCUCCUUUGAUGGCGACGGCCUCUCAAAUGCAGAUGGCUGCGCUCCCUUGCCUGGGUUUUACCCUGCUUCUCUGGAGCCAGGUACCAGGGGCCGAGGGCCAAGAAUUCCAAUUUGGGCCCUGCCAAGUGAAGGGGGUUGUUCCCCAGAAACUGUGGGAAGCCUUCUGGUCUGUGAAAGACACUCUGCAAGCUCAGGAUAACAUCACGAGUGUCCAGCUGCUGCAGCAGGAUGUUCUGCAGAACGUCUCGCAAGAAAACGAGAUGUUUUCCAUCAGAGACAGUGCACACAGGCGGUUUCUGCUAUUCCGGAGAGCAUUCAAACAGUUGGACAUAGAAGCAGCUCUGACCAAAGCCCUUGGGGAAGUGGACAUUCUUCUGACCUGGAUGCAGAAAUUCUACAAGCUCUGAAUGUCUAGACCAGGAUCUCCCUGCCCCUGGCACUGGUUCGUUCCCUGUGUCACUUCAAACAGUCUCCUUUCCUAUGCUGUUCACUGGACACUUCACGCCCUUGGCCAUGGGUCCCAUUCUUGGCCCAGGAUUAUUGUCAAAGAAGUCAUUCUUUAAGCAGCACCAGUGACAGUCAGGGAAGGUGCCUCUGGAUGCUGUGAAGAGUCUACAAAGAAGAUUCCUGUAUUUAUUACAACUCUAUUUAUAAUUAAUGUCAGUAUUUCAACUGAAGUUCUAUUUAUUCAUGAGACUGUAAGUUACAUGAAGGCAGCAGAAUAUUGUGCCCCAUGCUUCUUUACCCCUCACAAUCUUUGCCACACUGUGGGGCAGUGGAUGGGUGCUUAGUAAGUACUUAAUAAGCUGUGGUGUUUUUUGUUUUUUUUUUUGGCCUGUCUUUGGAUUGUUAAAAAACAGAGAGGGAUGCUGGGAUGUAAAACCGAGCUUUAGAGCAUGAAAAUCACACUGUCUUCUGAUAUCUACAGGGACAGAGCAUUGGGGUGGGGGUAAGGUGCAUCGGUUUGAAAAGUAAAUGAUAAAAUGUGGAUUAAACUGCCCAGCACAAAGCAGAUCCUCAAUAAACAUUUCAUUUCCCACCCACACUCAUCAGCUCACCCCAUCAUCCCUUUCCCUUGGUGCCCUCCUUUUUUUUUAUCCUAGUCAUUCUUCCCUAAUCUGCCACUUGAGUGUCAAGCUGACCUUCCUGAUGGUGACAUUGCACCUGGAUGUACUGUCCAAUGUGUGAUGACAUUCCCUGCUAAUAAAAGACAACAUAACUC